AUGCACGACGGGAGGGGAAACAGAUGUGAACUGUUCGCUGAGGGUUUUGGACACUUUGAUUAUCAGUUUGACAAGCGAGUUAAAGUCAGUCGACUCAAAUGUUUCGCAUGUUGUCCUUCACCUUUCCCCUCUCCACUGCACAUUGUCAGCUCUGACCUGAGAGUUUCAGAGGAGGAUGUGUCCGGUGAAGCCCAGGAGAUCGAGAUGGAGCGGGAGAGGUAUGUUGGUGACCUGCACCUGGCUCUGACUGGAGAGGGACCGGCAGCGGAGGGGGAAUAUAGCUUCCACCUGACACCUGAGAGGCCCGGCCUCCCCCUGCUGCAGCUGUCUUAUGAGAAGGUGCAGAACGACAUCUCGUUCAGGCUCGGUGUGGUGGAUCUGCAGGCAGUGCCUGAGCCCACUGAAGUCAUAAGGGAGCUUAUUAGGCAUGGCCUGGAGCAGAGUACACGUCUACAGGCCAAAAACCAGCACCUACUGGAGGAGAACCAGAAGCUGAGGAGAGAACAGGAACAUAUCACCAAAGAGAUGCAAAGGUACGUCCAGGGGAAGGAGAAGUUGGAGAGAGACUUGUACAGCCGAUUUGUGCUGGUCCUAAAUGAGAAGAAAGUCAAACUCAGAGACCUGCAGAAAAGAGUCAAAGAGCUGGAGGAAUCUGUUGAAGAGAAUCGACUGAGGAAAAAGGCAGAUAGUGAAGACCACAAGGCGAUGGAGACUGCAGCAGGAAAGAGUCCUGAAGAGAGUGAUUAUGGAGGCAGUACAGAAGAUGAACAGGAGGCUGAACCCAGACAGCCAGACCCAAGGCCUCUUACACAAGAGAUGCCAGAAAGCAGUCCGAUGGAUGACAGCUUAAAUGACAUCACAGAUGUGGCACCCUGCCGAAAACGCCGCCACCGUCAUCUCCAACAGCUGGAGACGCAAGCCAAACGAGCAGCGCUGGACCAGCGACAGAGAUCCAGAGAGAAGCCGACAGAAGAUGCCAAAGCCGAGAUGAGCAAAACGUCAGACGUCCAACCGAAACCAGCAAGCGCUGCUGCAAACCUUGAUUCUGACGACCUGUUCGAUGAUAUAUGACCCUCUUUAGGGCCUAAUGAGCACUGUUUGUGAUAAGCAUGACUUUUGUACUGUUUUUAAACUGUAGGAGUAAUACAAUUUUAUAUAUAUAUAUAUAUAUAUAUAUUUUAAGUAUUUUAUAAUAAAUAUGAAUUGGCUCUAUAAUAAACAACAAAAGUUAAAAAAAGAACACUACUUAACUUACUACUUAACUUACCCAAAUUAUGAAUUUGUCCAUUUUUAACUCUGUAAGUUGUGAAUAAAUCUAAAAAAUGUGAAUAAAGAUGUUUUUCUCGUU